AUGCCUCGCAACUCGAACAGCAAGCAAUGGGACAACCUCAACGAGAUCCCUGGCUUUACCAAGAGCAACCACUGCAAAGUUUGCAAGAAACAUGUCAAGAACACGCGUUACCACCUGCGCCACACGAUAUCUUUUCACCUCAGCGAGGCCACGCAGGAGAAUAUCGACAUCAAGUAUCCAUGUUGCUGCGAUGAAUGUGACUAUAGAUGCGCGCAGCCAGUGCUUUUGGAAACACAUAUUCGUGUUUGGCACACUGGCGAAAAGCCUUAUAUCUGUCCGCAUGGAUGCGGGGCCUUCGCUGACCACGGAGGCUUUUCGCAUCACAUGAAACGCAAACAUAACAGGGAUACGAAAAAGAGGGAGGUGUGUGAGGUCGAGUACCAGGAUGACGACGAAGACGACGAGCAGGCGCAAUCGGAGGCACCCUCCACGGCGCAGCAAGACACGGUCCACGGGGGCCCCAGCCGUGCGACGCGCGCGACGCGGCGGUUCGUGCCGUACACCGCACCCAAGAAGGCGAAGGCAACGAAGAAGGCCCGCGCGCAAGACAGCCCGCGGUCCAUCUCCCCCACCUACGACGCGCAGCCCGUCCAGCAGAAGGGCGUGUACUACGAAGCGAAACCCUCCCCGUACCAAUGCCACAGCUCCCUCGCGACCUUGGACCUCCCGCCCGUGCUACCGCCUGCACCCACCUACACUUCGCCCGCGCCUGUCUACAGCCCGCCUACACCGUCGUACAGCACGCCAGCGCCUAUCUACCAUCCGGCUGCGUACUCGAGCGACUGCAAUGCCACAUACUACGGCAACUACCACGCGUCCGCUGCGCCGAACACGACCUACGCGUCGUCGUCGAGCUUCGACCAGCCCUCGUCAAGCGUCGACCAGACCUCGUUAGACUUGAACCACAUUCCCGCCUCCUCGAACUCCUUCUACUCGACGACGUCCUCGGACUCGCUCUACAUCGCAGUCGACUCAACGAUCCCGCAGCUGACGGCCUCGGACAUCAAGUUCGCUGGCUUCUCGAGCUCCGCGGUCGAGCAGACGCCUGCCUACGACGCGUACUAUGGCGCUGGUACACCAGCAUUCGCGACUGCUCGGGUCGAUGCAGUCGCCACUGCCGAGGCUAAUGCGUUCCCUACCAUCCAGCCCUAUGAGCUCCCCACCCCACAGGUCGACGCAUUCUCUCCUGCCGAGCUUGCAAACGAUGCCUCCUGGUACUGGACUGAGGAGUCUUCCACCCACGACGCCUCGUCGUCCCCUUUCAACGCCUCGUCCUCCCCAUACAACACCUCCUCUUCCCUCGAUAACCUUACCUUCGAUACGUCUCCCUCGGAGACCACCUGGGUCGACUAUGAGAUCAUCGCCUCGCCGGUGACGCCUGUCGACUUUGGCUUCGCGCAGCAGUCUUUCGACAACCUCUCGCAGGAGUCCUGGCAGAGCUGCUCGCAGGAAUCCUGGCUGAACUGCUCGCAGGCGUCGCUACUCGACCUGGACUCCAUCGACUUCGCCGACACGAAGACGGGCUACCUCGACCUCACCUUCGGCGACUCGUUCCCGGCGUCCGAUGCCCCCUGCAACAAAUUCCCGUGGCCUGCCGUACAGUACAACCCCGAGGAGAUCGCCAGGCUGCUCAACGAGCUUGUCUACACAGGGGCGAUGGCAUAA